AUGUGUGUCGGAUUACUCCGGGCGGACAUUGUUACCAAUUCGUUCCACAAAGUUGGUGAUUGUAGUGCUGCAUCAGUAGCUCCGGCGUUUGUUGGAAAAGUUAAAUCCAGGAGUCGCAUUCAUUGCUCUACACAAUGUUCAAAAAUUUCUGAAUGCAAUAGCGUCAUCUAUCAAGCAGCCACCAAAACAUGUCUCUUUUACGAUGCCAACGAAGGGACUUGCCCGUCUACAAAUGGUCGUGAGGUAGAUGUAUAUAAGAAAAACGCAGUUGUAUCCACUCUGAGCUCAGUUUCUUCUGACUCUCCCACAACAAGUUAUUCAAACAUUGGUUCUACUGAACAAGUCAUGGAAGAAACCAGUCAGACCUUACAAAGUAAUGGAAUACAAAAUUUGCACACUGAUAUUUCAACGUCGACCUCCACUCAGUCCACAAGCAAUUCUACCAUCAGUUCUGUUACGAACUACGACCCAUCUUGCGUACACGGAAACUACUACAUGGAUAAUGGUCGGUCUUUGUGUAUUUGUAAUGAUGGAUUUAUGGGAACAGAUUGUCGUGAACGUUUCACAAGAUGCACAGAUUGGUCUAACUAUUUGAGUACUCUAAAGAACUGGGAUGUGAGCAGCGAUUAUUACACCACUCAAUAUUCCCGUCAGGUCACAAUUCAGCCACCCAAUUCUCCACAACCAUUUUCAGUCCAGUGCAAAUUUACUUCUUUCACGGCGGAGACGUAUGUUUAUAUGAAUACAGAGAAAGACAGGAAUAAUUUUGAUAAAACCUGGAGUAAAAUGAAAGAAGGAUUCGUUUUCAAUGGUGGAUUUUGGAUUGGCAUGGAUCGUCUUUACGAACUUAUUACCAAUGAACGGUCAUUUGGUGAACAGACCAUGAUAGUUACUUGGGUAGAAUCUAACAGCAGAAAAUACACCGUCAUGGUGGUAAAUAAUCUUCAGAUAGGAAAUGAAACUACCAACUAUCAAGUACAGUAUACCAAUGGGCGCUUAGGUUAUUUUAGCUCGUUUCCAGAUUUGAAUGGUGCAAUGUUCUCUACCAAAGAUAACGAUAACGACGGAGUUUCAGAUUUAAAUUGCGCCAAUAAAAACAAACGUGCAUUCUGGUACAACGGAGAAUGUAGCUUUGAUACAUUAAUCUUAUUUCAUAUCAAACUUAGAAAAUAUUCUACCUGGCCAUAA